CCUGGUCCCGGCCCGGGGGCACCCACUGCUGCCUCCCUGCUUUGCCCUCGCGCGAGCGGACCCGGCGGCUGGUGGCAAUGUCUCCUUGGGCCGGGCUCCUCUCCAGCACCUCCAGGGUCAGCCUGCUGCUGCUGCUGGGCUCUGUGCUCCUCUCCUGCUCCAGCCUGGGACAGAGAGUGCCUGAGUUUGCCCUUACAAAAAUAGAAGAGAGCGACAUAAAAGAUGACAGUGGGAAGGAGCUGGGGACAGAGGAUGACGCUGAUCCUGAAGACCUGGAAGUGUUUUACCCCACGGAUCAGUGGCAAACCCUGCGUCCAGGUCAGGCUGUUCCUGCUGGGUCACACGUGCGGCUGAACCUGCAGACAGGAGAGAGAGAAGCCAAACUCCCGGACAGAGAAUAUGGGGAAGGUGACACGAGAGAAGAGAGAAGAAGAAAAAGGCUGGGCAAGGUUGAUCUCAAUGCAAAUUCAUUCACGUCUGAGGAGCUUAAAAAGGCCUUGGCUAAAAUGAAGGAAAGUGAGAAGGCAGAAAGGAAGGCCCAAGAGGAAGAGGUGAGGAAGAAGUUCCGGCCCAUAGAGCAGCUGAAGGAGGAGUUUGAAAAGCUGAACAUGAAGAUAGAAACAGAUUAUGAAAUUAUGGUUAAAUUAAUCAGCAAAUUCAACAGCUCUGCCUCCACGCUGGAUGAGAAAGUCGCGGCGCUUUAUGAUCUCGAAUAUUAUGUUCACCAGGUGGACAAUGCCAAGGAUUUCCUGUCCAUGGGUGGGCUCCAGCUGGUGAUCGAGGGGCUGAACAGCAGCGAGGCCUCGCUGAAGGAACACGCUGCCUUUGUCCUGGGAGCUGCCCUGUCCAGCAACCCCAAAGUGCAGAUUGAAGCCAUCGAGGGGGGUGCCCUGCAGAAGCUCCUGGUUAUCCUGGCCACAGAACAGCCCCUGGCUGUCAGGAAGAAGGCUCUCUUUGCUUUGUCCUCCAUGCUGAGGCACUUCCCCUAUGCCCAGCAGCAGUUCCUCAAGCUGGGCGGCCUCCAGGUGCUCAGGAGCCUCUUCCGGCAGAAGGGGAUGGAGCCCCUCCAUGUCCGUGUGGUGACACUGCUCUACGACCUCAUCAUGGAGAAGAUGCUGCUUGAGGACUCCCAGCACGGAGAGCAGAUGGAGGAGAAAAUCCAGCAGUACCAGCAGGUCAGGCUGGUGCCGGCGGUGGUGGAGCAGGGCUGGUGUGCCCUGGUGCCCAAUCUGCUGGCCAUGCCCGAGCACGACACCCGUGAGAAGGUCCUCAAGCUGGUGGGGGUGCUGGUGGCCUUCUGCAGGGAGCACUACCGGGGGGACCCCGCCCUGGGCACCACCCUCAGCCUCCUGCGCAGCGAGUACGAGGAGCUGGCAGCCCAGGAGCAGAGGGAAGGGGACAAGGAUGGCUACUUCAGGGAGCUCCUGGGCUCCAUCAACACCAUCAUCCAGGAACUGAGGUGAACCUGAGGGCUCUGCCCAAUUCCAGGGAAUUCAGGGUGACAGCAAGUUUGGAUGGCCAGACUUUUUGUUGCAGGUGCACUUUGGAAUAAACUGCUGGACUAAACGAGA